CCUCCCUUCCCAGAAUGCUCCAGGAGGACCCGGUGCUGUUCCAGCUCUACAAGGACCUGGUUGUGAGUCAGGUGAUCAGCGCCGAGGAGUUCUGGGCCAAUCGGCUCAGCCUGACCUCCGUGGACCACUCGCUGGCCAGCAGCAAGCAGGAAGUGGGCAUCUCCGCGGCCUUCCUGGCGGACGUCCGCCCACAGACGGAUGGCUGUAACGGGCUCAGAUACAACCUCACCGCCGACAUCAUCGAGUCCAUAUUCAGGACCUACCCCGCAGGUACGGCCCAGACCACCCCCCCUCCCUCCUGCCUUCCGGGGGGCCUGGGCGCAGUCUGUCGCCCCCGAUCACAGGAGGUGUUGGGGGGCGGAGGGGGGGUAUUGCGUGUCUUGAGUGGCGGAGCGAAUUCGUGUCGGACAGGCGGGAUCCGAUGGAUGGAAAUCCUGCCUGAUAAACUUAACCUGAAGGAUUGGAAUUACUUCUGUAGAAUCCUCUGUGGAGCCCAAACGUUUCUGCUGUAUAAAAAGUGUUUGUGAAACAAGUAUGCGGUCGACUUGUAACUCACACCGGGGUAAGGGAUUUUCAUUUGCGCAUAGAGCCACGUUCACACCUAGACAAGAUUUAUCCUAUAACCCUUGUAAAAACAAAAAUCUUGCUAACCUGUUAUGGUGAUGGAACAAGUAAUAGGUUUAUUCCAUGCUGA